CAUUUUAGGGUGUUCGUUCCUCCUCUAUUCCAAUUCCAAAUUUCCCCAACAUUCGAUUGCCCGAUUUCUCAAUCUACUGGGAAUUGGCGAACGAAAUUGCAAAUCGCCAUGGAUGAGAGUGAAUUCCGGCAGCUCCUGGAACUCUUUCCCGUCGUCCGACCUCGCGAUUAUCACGUAGAGUUGGAUUCUUCUAGACAGUCAAGCCAGUCUGCACCAAGUGAAGAGGCACAGCAGUGGCAAGAUGCAUGGAGUACCGAGGACAGAAGAAGUUCAAAUAUCUCGAAAACCGACAAUCAUGAAGCAUUUUGGCGAAAACUAAAGUCGGCUGCUGAGCAGAAGGUGGGUGCAGCUGAUGCAGAAAGAUUCUGCAAGGCAUUUCAACAAGUAUAUAAGAAACUUGUGUAUGAAGAAUUGACAAUGGAUGCUGCUAAGAACAUUCUAAACUCGAGGUCUUCCUGAGUGAGAGAGGGAGAUGUUGCUUUCAUGCUUCCAUACUAAAUGCGAACAAAUGAGUACUGCGGUGCUGUGAUAUUUAAGAUUGCCGUCAAAUCCUUUGAAACUUGGGUUUAAUUUUCGGUGAUUACUCUACUUUGUCGGCGUACGUGUAUGAUGAUGUGUUUCAAACUGAUCACAUGUUUUUUUCUCUUUUCAACUACUUUUUGGCUGAGUUCUUUGAAUUUUGACUACUAUACCUCGUUAUAGAGUUUUGUUCAGUAUAUUUGUUUAUCGUCUCUCUUA